CGCUGGUGCUUUUUCAACAAAAUUCAUUUGAACGUGAAAAAAUGCUCAGUUCUUACGAUGACUUUCAAACCGGUAAAAAUGAUCUACGAUUAUGUUGUCUCUGGCGAUGUGUUGGAAAGAGUUUCAUUGAAGAAAGACUUGGGCGUCACCUUUGACGAGAAAUUGAAUUUCAACGAACACAUUGACAGAGUUACAAGGAAAGCGUAUCAGAUGUUGGGAUUCAUCUUCCGUUCUUGCAAACGGUUCCGUAAACCUGAGAGUAUCAUUACUUUGUACAAGGCAUAUGUUCGUAGUCAGGUGGAGUAUUGCACCGUGGUAUGGUCACCGAUUUACCAGAAUUCCAUUGAGAAAAUCGAGAGAGUUCAGAGAAAGUUUACGCGAAUGCUUUAUCGAAAGUUCAAUUGGAAUUACGUCGAUUAUCCACAACGACUUGCGCGACUCAAGCUUCCAAUGCUAGAAUCCAGGCGGUUCAUUUCUGACGAAAUUUUUCUCUACAAAGUGGUCAAUGGUCGUUUUACAGUUGCCUUGGAUAAUGAUGUGGUCUUGUACAAUUCACGUCGUCCGAGUAGACACGAAGCUCCAACAUUUUAUCCGGCAACCUAUGUAUCGAACCUUAGACAUUUUUCAUACGUCGCUUAGUUCGUUCAAGGCUAAAGUUAAGAAUAAGUAUGUCAUGUGACCCAUUCUC